AUGAAUAAAUGUAGUGCUUGUGCUCAUUAUUAUCCAUCUGAAUCUUUCAUAUUCAAAGGAAAAUCUUACAAAACAUGUAUAAAUUGCCUUACCUCUAGAGCUGAAAAGAGAGCUACAAACAAAAAAUUGGAUAAUAAUAAUACAGAAACUAUUUUGGAAUCAAUUUCGCCACAAGCUCUUAGUGAUUAUGUAGCAGGGCUUCUCUCCAAUUUAAACCUGAUGAUCUUAAGAAUAAUUGUAGAUAAAAUACUAAUUUUGGCUGGAACUAACAACAAACAUGCUGGGUGGUCGAUUCACAACUGUCGAAGGCGUGUGCCGUUUGCAGUGGAGAUUCGGUUCAGGAAGAGCGCCAUAAGGCGCUCAAACUCUAACGGUUCUGACCGUUCAAUUGAUACUUCCUCCCCGCCCGACACUCCAAUACACACUAUUAAUCCCGCACUCCCGAAUCCCUCAACCACAACCGCCACUACCAACACAGCAACAAAUCCCAGAAACCAAUCGAAGAGAAAACAAACAUCAAACUCUCAAAAUGGCUCGGGUGAUAACAACAACAACACAGCAGGUAGUGAACCGCAAAUAGACCCCGACAUUCCUCCAGACACAGACGAGUGGGGAAAUACGCCCGGAAGUAAAAAAAAAAGAUUUCGAGCGAGAGACGACGAACCGAUUUUGUAUCAGGAUAAAUUUGUGGCUAUAUCGGCUACUUAUUUGUACAUAUUGAAUUAUUAUAUGCCGGAUGCGAAGGAUAAAGCUAUCUCAAUGACUAGUAUUCGUAAUGUCCAGACAGAUCGAGAAGCGAGAAUUUCAGAUAUGGCAUAUCAAAAGUGGGGUUCGGGCGGGUUCGAUCUUUGGUGGGCUCGUGAUCUUGGUAGAUGGAAAAAUCAUGACUUGUGCGUAAUAGUGACUGUAGAUCGUGAUUGGGUGAAAAGAAAAGGGUUCACUUUAGAACAUGUUGACGGACUUAAAAUUCUAAAGAAAACAUGGCGAAAAGCAAAAGGCAUCUCAGAGCAGGAUAAUUAA